GAGAGAGCGGCGGAGAGUGGAGCAGCACUCAACCACUUUGCUCGUCCUCAUAUUUCCCACUGCAGCUGUGUGAGGCAGAGUGAGCGGCGGAGAGGAGAGAGCGCUUCAGAGCCUCGUGGAAACAGCAGGACCACGUACCACUUGGCUGAGAGAUCGAUGCACUUACACCAAGCCACACAGCCAGGAAGGGUGAGCGGCCCGUAGGACAUCAGCGUACGGCCGCAGACACAGAGCGACAGAGUAGCCAAAGGGGACACAGAGUGAGGAGAGUGAGAAGGAGAAGACUACCUGAGGCCUAUUCAGAAGCUCUCAGCUGGUCACUCAGAGCAGCUGCAUUUCAACACACCAGCAGUACAAAGAUCGACUCCACCAGGUGCUCCCUAGGUGCAGAGUCAGGGAGAGGCAGGCAACAAGAGAACAAAGUACUCACAGAAAAGGUGUGAGAGGGCAGGACUAGGAGGCUAUUUCCCACAAUGCCGCUGGCCCAGCACCAUCACAGGGCCACUGUGCCCACAACAGGCUGGAUUCUGGCUUUGGCUCUGUUUCUUGCUCUACAGGGUACCACUCACGCUGCUCCAUCAGGAGACAACAAGCUGGUUCGUACCACCAGAGUGAGGAGACAGACCCCAGAGGGAGAGCAGCCCUUCUCCUCUUCCUCAUCCAACCAGACCCUGGGGGAGCAGCCGGUGGUCUUUAACCACGUCUACAACAUCAAUGUUCCCUUGGAGUCUCUGUGCUCUGUGGACCUGGAUGCUUCUGCACCGCCAGCUCCAGGUGAUGGUCCUCGUGCUGAGCUGGGAUCCAGACCUUCUGUGGAGGGUCCAAUGGAUCCAUCAGGACCAACGGAAUACACUGAACAGACACUGGACACUGAGAGUCAGGUAACAUUCACACAUCGCAUCAACAUCCCUAAAGCAGCGUGUGGUUGUCCAGCAACAAUCACAAUCCAGCAGCUUGCCACCAGGGUGGAGAUGCUUGAGAGGGAGGUUUCUCUGCUCAGAGCUCAGUGUGGAUCUGGUUGCUGUGGGGAGAGCCCGGCCAUGGGUCGCUUGGACUUCGUCCCAGGCUGCAGUGGACAUGGCAGCUUCAGCUUUGAUCUCUGCGGCUGCAUCUGUGAGGAAGGCUGGACUGGCAAAAACUGCUCUGAGCCUCGCUGUCCAGAUGACUGCUCCGGCCAGGGAGUGUGCGUUGAAGGGGAGUGUGUGUGCGACCGUGACUUUGGAGGGGACAACUGUUCAGAGCCCAGGUGCCCUUUGGACUGCUCAGGCCGUGGGUUGUGUAUCGAUGGCGAGUGUGUGUGCGAAGAGUCCUUCACUGGUGAAGACUGUAUGGUCGGGAGGUGUCUCAAUGACUGCUCCGACCAGGGGCUGUGUAUCAAUGGUACGUGCCAGUGUCGGCCCGGGUACGUGGGAGAGGACUGCUCGCUGGUUUACUGUGCCAACAACUGCAGCAAGAAGGGAGUCUGCAAAGAGGGAUUCUGUGUCUGCCAGGACGGCUUUGCAGGGGAUGACUGCAACUCUGUGGCACCUGCAAUGAACCUGAGGAUACGAGGGGUGACUGAUCGAACAAUCAACCUGGAAUGGGAGGGGUCAGUUGUGCUCACAGAUUUCUUGGUGACUUACACGCCAAGCAGCCCUGGUGGUGUACAGCUAGAGAUAAGGAUCCCCGGAAACACCACCUCCUGGACCAUCACAGGCCUGGAGGCAGGCAUGGAGUAUAACAUCAACGUGUUUGCUGUCAUCAACAGCAGUAUCAGCGUCCCUGCUAGCAUUACUGUUUCCACCUAUCUCUCCAAUCCUGAUGGUUUAGUCUUCAAAUCCAUCACAGAGACGUCAGUAGAGGUCCAGUGGCAACCCUUCUACUAUUCCUUCGAUGGAUGGGAGAUCAGCUUCAUCCCCAAGGACAAUGAUGGAGGGAUGACUGCUCAGCUCCCCAGCACCAUCACUUCCUUUGUGCAGACCGGUCUGAGGCCAGGGGAGGAGUAUACUGUUAACCUGGUGGCUCUGAGAGACCAGGGCCGAAGCCAGCCGGUCACCGCCACUGUCACAACAUUGAUUGAUGGCCCCACCCAGCUGAUCGUUCGGGAUGUGUCAGACACUGUCGCAUUUGUAGAAUGGACCGCACCAAAGGCCAAGAUUGAUCAGAUUGUGUUGCGUUACGGUCUGGUGGGAGGAGAGGGGCCACGGACUACCUUCCGCCUGCAGCCCACACUCAGCCAGUAUUCCCUGCAGGUUUUGCGCCCUGGUUCGCGUUAUGAGGUGUCUGUGAGCGGUGUGAGGAAAGGAAACGAGAGUGGAUCCAUCUCCACUGAAUUUACUACCGAGAUCGAUGCCCCCAAGAACUUGCGGCUCUUGUCCAAGACCUCCACCACACUGGAGCUGGAAUGGGAUAACAGUGAGGCUGAGGUGGAUGCCUACCAGGUUGUGUACAGCACUUUAGCAGGAGAUCUGUACGACAAAGUCAUCGUACCACGCAAUGAGGGAGCAACCACUAAGACCACGAUCACAGACCUGCUUCCAGGCACAGAGUAUGGCAUUGGGAUUUCUGCCAUCCGAGAUAGCAACCAGAGUACACCAGCUACAAUGAACGCCAGGACAGGACUGGAUGUGCCGUUGGACCUGACUGUGACAGCAUCCACAGACAAUACCAUCACCCUUGUGUGGGGGGUGGUCCAGGGCCCAAUAGACCAUUAUAAGGUCACCUACACAUCCUCUUCUGGUGUCACCACUGAGCUGACUGUUCCUAAAGACGUAACCACCACGACUCUGACAGACCUUGAGCCAGGGACUGAGUACACUAUCACAGUGGCUGCAAGGAGAGGAAGACAGCAGAGCACUGCUGCUACUAUAGAUGCAUUCACAGGAAUCAGACCCGUAACUCACCUCUACUUGUCAGAGGUGACUUCAGACUCAGUGUCGGUGGCGUGGAGCCCAGCACCACCUGCUGACCUCUUCAUCCUGAGCUACAGCUCUGCUGAUGGAACCGACACCUCUAAGGUGACACUGGACGGCUCCAAGACGAGGUCACUGGUCCAGGGGCUGCUACCGUCCACUCAGUACACCGUCAGUCUAAUCACUAUACAGGGGGACGUUACCUCUGAGCCUAUUACAGCGUCACUCACGACAGGCAUGGACCCACCAAAGGAGAUGACAGUAUCAGAUGUUACAGAAGAUGCAGUGACCAUCUCCUGGAUCAAACCACUGGCUCCAUUUGAAUACUAUAAACUGUCUUAUCAGUCAGCCAGAGGUCGAGUGGACAGUGUAGUGAUAGACAGCGAUGUGACCAACUACACCUUGUCCAGUUUGUUUCCUGCAACAGAAUAUGAGAUCAGUCUUAAUGCUGUCCGAGGCAGCCAGGAGAGCAAAAUGGUCACCACGUCUGUUUUCACAGCUAUGGACAUGCCUGCUGAAUUGACAGCUCUAAACAUCACUCCACAAGGAGCUCUUCUGAGGUGGAAUCCCCCUCUGUCCAGUGUUGACAACUACGUCUUGACCCUAACACACAACCAGGUGACGGCUGAUACUUUCCUUGUGGAAGGCACCAAGCAGGAGCACCAGCUGUCCAACCUUAAGCCAAGCACCACCUACUCCGUUGCCCUGUACGCCACCAAAGGACCCCUCACCAGUGGCACUGUCAUCACCAACCUCCAGACACCCAUGGAUGCACCACUGAAUCUGACUGCCAGUGAAGUAAAUCACCGCAGCGCUCUCAUCUCCUGGCAACCGCCAAUCGCAGAAAUUGAUAACUACAUGCUCACCUACAAAUCAGCCGAUGGAAGCCGUAAGGAGCUGAUUCUAGAUUCAGAAGACACAUGGAUUCGUCUGGAGGGGCUGGGUGAGACGACAGAGUACACAGUGAAGCUUCAGGCUGCGAGGGGACUAGACACCAGUGCUGUUGUUUCCACUACUUUCACUACAGGGAGUCGUUUGUUUGCGACACCUCAGAAUUGUGCUCAACACCUGCUGAAUGGAGAGACUCUGAGCGGCGUCUACACCAUUUACAUCAACAGAGACCCCAGUCAGGGUGUGCAGGUGUACUGUGACAUGACCACUGAUGAAGGAGGCUGGAUUGUGUUUCAGCGUCGACAGAACGGUCUGACGGACUUUUCCAGGAAGUGGAAUGACUAUCGGGCCGGUUUUGGGAAUCUGGAGGAUGAGUUCUGGCUCGGUCUGGACAACAUUCAGAAGAUCGCUGGUCAGGGCCGUUACGAACUGAGGAUCGACAUGAAGGAUGGGCAGGAGUCAGUCUAUGCUAAUUAUGAUAAAUUCUCUAUUGGAGAUGCAAGGAACCUCUACAAGCUUAGGAUAGGAGAGUACAAUGGCACUGCAGGUGACUCUCUGAGCUACCACCAGGGCCGGCCCUUCUCUACAAAAGACAGAGACAAUGACAUCGCCGUCACUAACUGUGCCUUGUCCUACAAAGGAGCCUGGUGGUACAAGAACUGUCACCGGGCCAACCUCAACGGCAAAUACGGCGAGUCCAGACACAGUCAGGGUAUUAACUGGUAUCACUGGAAAGGCCACGAGUUUUCUAUUCCCUUCGUGGAGAUGAAGAUGAGGCCAUUCAACUUCCGUAGCAUCAGCAGUAAGAGGAGGCGAUCUGCCCCUGAAUAAACAAACCGCCCUCACACCAAGCCCGGAGUCAUGGUUAAACGGAGUUCGGAUAAUGUUUAAUGAGGGAUUCAUGCUAUCUGUGUGCUGCGCCGGAGGUUCAAGUUUGAUGCAAACUGACAACACUCUUUAAUGAGACUGAAGCAACGGGUCUUACAAAAAACGCUACUAAUAUUUUAUUAAUAUUCAUUUGUAAAAUAAACACAUUAAUUAUUAAUAUACUACUGACAUCCAGAAGCUCUUAUAACCACGGAUGUAACCAUGAACGCACCACGAUAGCGGAGAAAGCGAAACAAUGUCCGACCUCUGUUUAUUUGUUCUCCUGCCCAGCUUUAGCUGUCUUUCCCUGCUGUACUUCUACCCGGAAGAUAGAAGACACUGUAUGUAAUUUAUUAAAUACUUUGAAUGACAAUGGUUCUUUUCGCUGUAAAACUGGAAGGGCAAACCAAGAAGCUUUUUUCUUCGUUAAGUCUGUGAUUUGCCUUUCCCAAACUAGGGAGGAAAUGUGCUCAGAAACCCCCUCACCUGUGAGAGGUUGCAUUAUUUUAACCAUUAUGAACUAAUAACACUUUUAACACAAAAAAAAA